CGGUUGCCAAGCGACAGAGUAUGUCAACAACAACAAAUGUCGAUUCUUCUGGCGGAACACUGGUGUGAAAACUAAUAUAAUGAAGACUACAGUAAAUACGAUUUUAUUCGACGUUUCCAAGAACGAGAUAUUCAAGAUUAAUGAGAACUAUAAACUGUUGCACAGGAAACUCAAGUCGUCAUGGAAAGUCAUGAUAAAUCGCGAGGAGCUCUCCCCCAGCAUUCUGCAAGACGUGAAAAUCUUAGUGGUACCAGGGCCGCAGAAUGUAUUCACAGAUGACGAGCUGGCGUGCCUGAAGAGUGUGGUGGAGCGGGGAGACUCGGUGCUUGUGGCGAUGACCGACGGCGGGGAGGAGCGUAUGAACACGAAUAUCAACUUUUUUUUGGAGGAGUACGGGAUCGUUGUGAAUAAUGAUUGCGUGGUCCGGGCGAAAUACCACAAGUUCUACCACCCGAAGGAAUGUCACAUCUCGAGCGGUAUCCUUAACCGCGCCGUCGCUAAGCAGAUUAUGAAGAUGCCUAACUACGCGAGCGAAUCAGACGACUUUCUUGAAGAGCCGGCGACGCCCAACUUCGUGUACCCGUACGGCGCCACGCUGACGAUGAAGCGGCCGGCGGCGGCCAUCUUGUCCAGCAGCGACGUGUGCUACCCGGUGAAGAGGCCCGUCGCAGCGCUAUACACUUCUGAGAAGACUGGAGGAAAAUUAUUUGUGAUCGGGUCGGGCCACUUCUUCGCGGACCAGUACCUGGAGAGCGAGUGCAACGACCUCAUUCGGGAGAAGAUCUUCGACCACCUCGGCGGGAUCGCCGACCUGCACCUCAACCCCGUGGAUGUCGAGGAUCCCGACGUCAAUGAGUACCGCACAAUUGGGGAUACAAUGUGGCUCUCGUCCGUGCCGCUGCCGGAGCCGGCCACGGCGCCCCCGCCCCGCCUCACCCCGCUGCACCCACACGCACUAUUCUCCUGGCGUCUAUUCUCGCUCAACCUCGCUCGGCUACCCGAAGUACUAGGGCUGUAUGACGCGCUAGGAGUUAAACACGAACCGCUACGGCUGAUAGCGCCGCAGUUCGAGACACCUUUCCCGCCACUACAACUAGCGGUAUUCCCUCCGACAUUCCGCGAGCCCCCACCGCCGCCGUUGGAGCUGUUUGACUUGGAUGAGGCUCUGAGCUCGGAGCGCGCCCAGCUAGCUCGACUUGCCAACAAGUGCCUGCAGCCCACCGCGCGACUAGGCGAAGGUGACGGAAGCCAUAUUGAGAACGAACUGGAAUACCUGGUCCAGGAAUGCGGGCGCGUGGUGCGGCUCUCCCGCGCGCUGCCGCCCGACACGCCGCGCGGCAAAACUAUCCUACACCAGCUCGCUACGCAGCUAGCGACUUUCAAGAAACUCGCCGUUAAGGACUAGAGGACAUGCGACUUUGCAAUUCUGAUAAAAAUCCUGCCAAAUCUGGCGGCGCUGUUUGUAAACUUUUACCGUUAACCCGGCCGGAAUAGCCACAUUUGUCAUAUUGGACUAUCAGCCCCGAUAAGACUUAGGAACACCAAAGAAUAGAUGUAGUCGAAGAUAUAAGCACUACUCGUAAUACUACGCUUGUUAAAUAUAAUACCAGUUCAAAUACCUAAUAGCUGUGUUCUGUAUAAAUACUUAAGAUCUCAUUUGGUUAAGAAUGGUCUUGUGUUCAAGUUUUUGAACAUUCAUUAAAUAUACUAAGAUAUCAAAAGUUUCGACGUCUCACGACUGUAUUUACAUAAAUACCAAUUAAGUCGAUUGUUCCUGUUAUAAUAUCAGUUAUUAAAAUUAUAUUAUAUAUUUAGGAAAUAAGAGCAGCAAAUAAAUACAAGUUUGCAUUA